AAAUUUCAUUCUUGAUAUUAUUCAAUCUCCCGACUAUAUCAUCAAAACCCCCUAAGAGUUUAACGACAACCAAUGGCUAUUAUCUCUGAUACGCAAGAGGAGACGAGACCCUCGGUGCCGUUCAAGGCAAGUCUUGAUCCUUCAAACCCUCUAGGGUUUUUGGAGAAAGUUCUUGAUUUUAUUGGGAAAGAGAGCGACCUUCUGUUGAAAGACUCGGCUGAGAAAGAGAUCGCCACUGCUGUUACGGUCGCAAAGAAGAGGUUGAGUGAAGUCGAGAAGAAGAAGAAGAAGGAGACCGUGAAGCCUAUUGAGAAGAAGCUGACGAAGGAGAGCGUGGAGCCCAUGGAGGUGGAGAAGCCAAAGAAGGAUAGCUUGAAGCCCACGGAACCCAUGGAGGUGGAUAAACCUAAGGAGGAAGAGAAAACGGGUCCCAUUGUUCCUAACAAAGGCAACGGGCUUGACUUUGAGAAGUACUCAUGGACACAGAACCUCCAGGAGGUCACAAUCACCAUCCCAGUCCCUAGCGGCACUAGCUCACGCUCUGUCACCUGUGAGAUCAAGAAGAACCGUCUGAAAGUUGGUCUCAAGGGGCAAGAUCCCAUCAUCGAUGGAGAGUUCUUCAAUGCUGUCAAGCCUGACGACUGCUUCUGGAACAUCGAGGAUCAGAAGAUCAUAUCGGUGCUAUUGACAAAGCAGGACCAGAUGCAGUGGUGGAAGUACUGUGUGAAGGGUGAGCCUGAGAUUGACACUCAGAAAGUUGAACCGGAGAGCAGCAAACUGUCUGAUUUGGAUCCGGAGACUCGCAGCAGCGUUGAGAAGAUGAUGUUUGAUCAGAGGCAGAAGCAGAUGGGGCUUCCAACGAGUGAUGAGAUUGAGAAGCAAGAUAUGAUGAAGAAGUUUAUGUCUCAGCAUCCUGAGAUGAACUUCUCUAAUGCAAAGUUUAACUGAUCUUACCUUUGUUCUAUCUCUUCUUCUUUUAUUUUGAACUAUCAUCUUGUUAUGGGUUUAAGAUUGAAUCUACCCUUUUGGUUUUGUUCAAGACAGUUUGUGUUCAAAAAUUAUCUGGUUAUUGCAGCUUAA